AUGGAAAAGAAACGGCUUGGUGUCCAAACGAAAUUCUCCGGACUGUUCCAGCGACCGGGAGAGCCUCUGUUCGUGACCAAAAGCAGUGGCAAGGUGUAUUACGAUCUACCGGAGAACACUUUGAGGGAACGCUAUCGUCCAAUUGGUCAGGCUUUGGCCGAACGUUUCGGUGCCGAUGCCCCCAUUCGAGUUCCGGUCAAGGAUGUCGGAAAGCCUGACAUUUCGUUUGCCUUGGAGAUUCCGAGACGUGGACCUUUUACGUUGUUCGGUAAAGCUCAUCGGGAAAUUGCGGGAAAACUGGUGGAGAUGUUUAUGGACCAGCCGGAUGUUGACGAUAUGUUGGGUUUGGCUGCCUACUGUAGAUCCCGACUGAAUCCGGAUCUAUUCCAAUAUGCCCUUUCGGUGGCCGUUCAACAUCGGAAAGACACCAGGAAGGUGGCAAUUCCAUCGGCUUUGCAGACAUUCCCGGAAAAGUUCACCGAUCCCGUUGUUAUGACCAAACUGAUGGAAGAAGGCAGAGCAGUUGAUCCAGGUAAUCGGAUGGCCGUUGAAAUUCCGAUGAACUACACGGCAAGCAAUAGCGAACCGGAGCAGGCCGUAGCUUACUUCCGGGAGGACAUUGGGUUAAAUCUGCAUCACUGGCACUGGCACCUGGUUUAUCCGGCCUUCGGGCCAAUCUCGGUGGUCAAUAAGGAUCGACGGGGUGAGCUGUUCUACUACAUGCACACCCAGAUGAUGGGUCACUACAAUUUGCACAGAUUCUCAAAUGGAUUGGCUCGCGUUGAACCGCUCAGCAAUCUGCGAAGUCUUAUCACGCCGGCGUACUAUCCGAAGAUGAUUCAAUCGUUUACUGGUCGGUCGAUUCCGUCUCGAUAUCCCAAUAUGGCGCUAAGUGACGUUUCGCGUGAUGGGCUGAUGGUGAGGAUUUCCGAUGUUGAAAAUGACAUCAAAGCAGUUACCAGUGCCAUUGAUACUGGGUCCAUAACCAAUACCGUAGGAACCAGAAUAAAUUUGGACAACAAGAAGGGUAUCGACUAUGUCGGCAACAUGGUGGAAAGUUCAACAAUUACCCCGAAUCCCGACUAUGGCGAUUUCCACAACCUUGGCCACGUGUUGUUGGCCGCCAUUCAUGACCCCCGGGCAACUUAUCUGGAAUCGUUCGGAAUCAUGGGAGAUACGACAACGGCCUGUCGGGAUCCGAUUUUCUUCCGGUGGCACACUUUCGUGGAUGAUGUCUUCCGUCGUCACAAGAAUCGUCUUGUUCCUUAUACGGCUUCCGAACUAUCAUACUCGAAUAUCCAAGUGGCUAAAGUAGUUGCCAAGGUACAGAGUUCUCCAACGAGUCAAAGUGCUGCGGACAAUACUUUGUUGACGUUUUGGCAACGAAGCCAGGUUGAUCUCGGCACCGGGCUAGAUUUUGGACCAUCUGGUAACGUAUUUGCCACCUUUACCCAUCUUCAAAAUGCGCCAUUCGUGUUCCAAAUACAGGUUCUUAAUGGCGAAAGCAGCCCUCGAUUGGGAACGGUCCGGAUUUACCUUUUACCAACGGUUAAUGAAAAAGGAAUAGCUUUAUCUUUCGAAGAUCAAAGACGUUUCUCAUUGGAAUUGGACACGUUCAAAGUUUCCCUUAAUCCUGGGGUGAACAACAUCACCCGUAAAUCGCUGGACUCCAGUGUGACCAUUCCAUACGAGCGAUCCUUCCGUAAUAUUUCGCAAUCGAACCAAUCGGGAAGAGACGAUUUCCGGUUCUGCAACUGUGGCUGGCCGGCUCAUCUUCUCAUUCCGAAAGGUUCAACAUCCGGUAUUGGUUACACUCUUUGCGUAAUGGUUUCCGACUAUACCAAGGAUGUCGUUAUUGACUUCGAUGAAACUCAAGGUUGCAACGACUCGCAUUCGUUCUGUGGGCUGCGAGGUAAAAAGUAUCCGGAUGCUCAGGCCAUGGGAUAUCCGUUCGAUAGGAAAUUUGGAACCGAUGUACAAAGUGUCGCCGACCUGGUCAACAAGUAUAGCAACAUUGCCUCGACUCCGGUAGUUAUUCGUUUUACCAAUACGGUUAUUUCACGCACGUGA